CGUACCCUCCUGCUUGUAUUUGGCACAUUUACACACACAAAAACACCGAAAACGUUUCCACAAAUUGCACGCAUGUAAAAAACGUUUAUAUGUUGUGUUUUGUUUUUACAUUUUUCUUGUUCUCGAUGUCCUUCAUUACCUCAAAUUCCUGUUUCUGCACUUUGCGUUCUUCUGUUGAUAAAAACACUUGGAGAUCAGUACGAAAUGGAGCUUCAACUUGUUCAACAGUUGGUGCCUUUACCAGACGAACAAAUUCGACAAAAAGUUGUGAAUAAUUUUAAUGCAAGUGAUUAUGAGAGGAAUUAUAAGUUGUUAAAGUUGUGGUUUGAAGAGGAAGUACAAGGUGUUUGUGAUGACAAUUAUCAGAAUCAAAUUCAUGUCAUCUUAAGAGGAGCUAAAAAUGAUUAUUCUCGUGCUAAGAAACGUCUGAAGAACUUUUUUUUGAACAAAGAACCUGGAAAAUUUCCGGAAUGGUAUCAAUUUUAUGAUUUGACCGGAAAAUUUCAACAAUAUAAACAUUUUUAUUGUCUUUGUCAACCUGGAAUAACCCCUGAAGGUCACAGAAUUUCAUGUUUGGGUUUCUCCACACCGGAAAUCGAACAUUUUGAUGUUGAUAUCUUGUUUAAAGCGCUUUUUAUGACUGAUCAUUUAGGGGCUUGUUUGGGACAUCCUUAUUUCAUUGGUAUAAUAACAAUAAUUGAUUGUAAAUAUGCAACGACAAAACAUGCAUUGAAGAUACUUUCUUGGACAUUUAGGAAGUACGCGAAGUUCCAAAGCGAAAUUAUGCCGUAUAGACUGGUUAAAUUGUACAUGAUUAAUGUGUCGAAGUAUAUUGAGAGGUUUGUUACCAUUGGAAAGGCUUUUGUUAGUGAAAAACUACGAUCCAGGUUUUGUAUCGAGCAAUCCGACAAAGAAAUGCGUCAACAAAUACCAAAAGAACUCCUCCCGUCCGACUAUGGUGGCCUGGGCGAAUCCAUAUCUUCACAAUGCGAACGCUGGUUCGAAUUAUUGCGCGUUUUGCGACCUUGGUACGAGGCCGAACGUUUGGUGCGUCUGCGACCUCAAAACGCAAGUACAACGAGUACAACGAGUGCAACAGGUGCAACUACCUGCAAUGCUAUAGAUAAACCGCUUGUCAAGACCGACUACCAUCAAGAGCAUGUUCCGCAUUACGAUCUGCACGAUAAUCAGCAAGAAAACGGCGAAGAACAACUUUUAAUUGAGAAAAACAUCAAAAAAACGUUUAAAAAUAUAAAAUCAGGGUUAAAAUCAAAUAAAACAAGGAAAAAUGAUUACGAAGUAAAUGAUGAUGAUAAGGAUGAUUGUACAAUGUUGAAAUUUCGGUUCGGACAGCUCGAAAUUGAUUGAUUUUGUUUAAAAUAAAUUUAAAAGCAUUAGUUUAUUAAAAUUACAAUAGAUGGCAGCACGCUGACUGAAUCUAAAUAUUUUGUUUUGUUUAUUUUUAUAAAAUUUGCAAUAACUCGCGUAAAACUUGUUCAAAUUUAACAAACUAUACAUCAAAUUAAAGACAAUUAAAUUUUACAUCAAUAUAUUAUUACUUUAUACGUUAAUCAUUAGAUUUUCAUUAAAUAAAUUAAGUUUUAAAUAAAUAAACAUAUUUUACUUUGUUUUUCUUAAUAAAUCUCAAUAAAAAUCGA